CAUAGUUUUUAAAAGAUGGAGAACUUAAAGAGCCUAUCUCUUAUUUGCAACAUUCUUGUUGUAAUAACAAUAAUUUCAAUGUCUCUAGGUGAUAGCAGUGUCUUGCAACCAAAUGAUGCGGAAUUCAUAGCGAAAAUGUGCAAGCAAACACCUUAUCCUAGUUUCUGCCUUCAAUCCCUUCAAGCAUACCCUCAAAGUUCUAGUGCAGAUGCUAAAGGCUUAGCACUAAUCAUGGUGGAUGUGAUCAAAGCCAAAAUAACUGAUGCAGUAGACAAAAUCAAUCAACUUCUUCCAGGAAGUAGUGGCGAAGAUAAGAAAUCUUUGGGUGGAUGUCUUAAAAUUUACAAAUUGCUUUUGGAAUUCAUCCCAGGAAUCGUUUACUCAAUUGCGAAUUCUGAAGAUUACGUCGACGUGGCGUUUUAUGAAGAAGGUACUAUUUUUAGUGAGGCCAAAUCUUGUGAAGCCAGAUUCUCUGCUGGGAAAUCACCUCUCACCAGUGAGAAUAGUGGUGUGAAUAAUGCAGCCCAGGUGGGAAAGGCUAUUACCAAAAUUGCCUUUAAUAUAACUACUGGGUAAUCUAAUCUAAUCUAAUAUAUAGGUCGCA